AUGUCAACACAUCCUCGCGUCGUGACUGUUGCUCCGGGAGCACCACUGGAAGUUCAUCAGGUACCGACCGUGCGGCCCAAAGAUAAUGAAGUCCGCGUCAGGGUUGAGUGGACUGCCUCGACGCCACUGGAUAUGCACCAAGCUAUUGGCGGACUUCUGGUCAAACACCCUCAAGGGCUCGGCGAUGGUACAGCUGGCACGGUUGUGGAAGCUGGACUGACAGCCAGAUAUAAAGUCGGCGACAAGGUGGCGGGAUUCACAUGGCGCAACAAUGUCGAGAAGUCGCACCAGCUCUAUUGCACAGCACCAGACAAUUUCUUCGGACUCGUACCACCAGGUCAUACGAUGCAGGAAAUGGUCGUGCUUGGCAACAACUUUGUUACAGCAUGGCAUACAAUCACCAAGGAACUGAACUUUGAGCUCCCAUGGCCAAAACCCGCGAACUAUGUACCACCAGAGGCCGAUGACUGGAUCUUGAUCUGGGGCGGCUCUUCAAGCGUGGGACAAUAUUCGAUUCAGAUUCUGCAAUACUACGGCUACAAGAACAUUAUCGCGACAUCCAGCCAGGCGCACCACGACAAGCUUCAGACGCAUGGGGCACGUGCGUGCUUCGACUACCGGUCAGACAACGUGACCAAUGCGAUUUCCGAGUUUCUAUCGCUGCACUCCGGCGGCAAAGACUUCGUGAAGUACAUUAUCGACUGCAUCGGUAGCCAGACUGGUACCCUCCAACCAAUCUCAAAGAUCGCCCAGGCCGGCACGAGCGUAGCGAUUAUGCUCCCCGUGAUCGUGGUCGACGCGUCAGAGGGCAUUAAUCCCGUAUACGAGAUGGAUGUAACGAAGUGCGCCUCGUGGGCGGCUGGAGUAAAGCCUAGUGGUGUACGGACGCAUUUUUAUGCAGACAAUGAGUUCCUGGCGCGGCAUCUUCAGGCCGAUAUCAUGCCCGCGGCGCUGAGCAUGGGGAUCGUCAAGCCAAAUGACAUGGUGCUUGUUGAGGGGCAGACGCUACUCGAGAGGGCGGAAAAGGCGCUGCAUAUUCUGAAGACAAAGGGUGUUAGCGGUGCGCGCUUGGUGUGGCGGGUCGCUGAGGAAGGAGAGGAGUAG